AUGGAAAAUUCAGCGUAUGCUCCAAAUACAGCUUAUCUAAAUUCUCCAACUUUAGUAGUGUUUUCUCAAGCUGCCGGGGGACUACAAGAUACUUUGGGUAUUCAAAGACCAUCUCAGUUCACAAUGUCUGAAGCAUCCAAAGAUAUUCACAGACCGUUCACAGCUUCCUCUUUGGGGCUUAUGGAAGCGUAUUCGGGUAUUCCAGCUCAUAUUCUUAAUCAACUUCAACCCCAAUUCUGCCAUCCUGGCUUAACCUUAGGCUCUGGUCCUUUUAGACCGUUCUCUGAUCUUAAGUCUUUUCCUUCUCCUUCGGCAUUUGCUCCACCUAAGUGCUUAAAAAUUGAAAGCAACAAUGAUUCCUUGAAUCACAACCAUAUUAUUUUUUCGCCUUCUGAAGAUAGACUUUUAGAACCUAGUCCUAGAACCGAUUCGUGCAGUCCUGCAAGUGCUUCUAUGUCCCCUCAACCACAAACGUCUGUCAAAGAAGAAAGUUUGGAUGCCCAGAUGUCCGAUGAUGGAGAAGGCCAAGAUCAAGGCAAUGGAAGUGAAUCACCGGGGGUGCAUGAAGAGACUAGAGGAUUUAGAAAGGAUUCUCUUUUUGGAGCAAAUAUUAAUGGCAACGGAUCCUACACAUUUACAGUUCCCAGUCUCCAACCAACAGGAGAUGCGUUGGCCAAGACUACUUUCCUCUUUGAUCUUGAUAUCACCGUUAAAAGGAAGAAGCGAGAUUCUCCUAGUUGUCCAUUAUGCGGAUUGACAAUUUCGCUAGGAAAUUUAGAAACCCAUUUCAUGCAUGAAUUGGAGCGGCUUUACAAAUUAAGUGGAUCAGGAGUGGUCGCGUCGAGGAAAAGAAAUAGACCAGAACAAACAAGAAUACCAGCUCUACCUGGAGACAGUGGUCCGGAAGGCCGAUUUGAGACUUUUCAAAGAAUUAGAGCUAACAGGCAGGGGCGUCUAAGAAUGAAAAUUCGUAAACGUAAAACUGAUGACUUAUGUCCAAUUUGUACUGGUCAUCCACAAAGAACCCAAGAAGAGAUAAACCUACAUGUAGAACGUUGUGUGAAGAAUGCUAUGAACGAAGAGGAUGAAACAGUAGAUGUAGAAAGCGACUUCGAAUUAGAAGAAUGGCAGGAGUCCCAGAGAAGAAGAACAAACUCAUUGGUUGGUGGUAUAAUGAUACCAACAAGCACGGGUAGAACAAAUGUAGAUAAUGAAGGUGACGACGUUAUUGUUGACGGGAACGAACCAGAAGAAAGUAUAUUUGGUCCAUCGCAAUACACAGAAAAUGACGUAGUGUUGAAGGAGAACAAAGAUAAAGACGUUGUGCAGUCACAGGUGGCGACUGUGAAUUCUAGUGGUGAUGUGGAAAUAAAAGUGGAAAGUGAUGCUCAACAAUGUGAUAGUAACGUGACUACGUCAGAUGCUGAGCCCAGUAAUAGGGCACAAAUUAUCAAUAAGCUGAGAAGUAGAAUCAAACAAUUAGAGUCCGAGGGAGAACUUUCCAGUAGCACAGACAGUGAAGGCUACAAAUGUUUGAUUUGCUUGGAAAAUUUCAAGAAUCCUGUUAUAUCAACAGUCUGCUGGCAUGUACACUGUGAAGAAUGUUGGCUCCAUACCUUGGGUAUCAAGAAAGUUUGUCCGCAGUGUAGUAUGAUAACAUCUCCCACCGAUCUCCGACGAAUAUUUAUGUAA